GGCAAGGUGGGGCGGAAGCUCGCGACAGGGGUCGGCAGUGGCGCAGAGACGUCGGUGGAUGGCCGAUCAAAGAUAGGCUGCCAAGUGAGAAUAAUGAGCUCAGUGCCUAACGGCCAGAUUGAGGAAGCUACUGGUAUCGUGUCAUGUGGUGCUGAGUUUAUCGCUGUCUGA